AUGUCUUCCAACGAAGCUCCCACCGGUGACGUCCAGGAUAACGAGUACGUCUCCCGUCAGCCUCAGCGCGGCGAGCCUAUCCGAGUCCAGGCCGAUGACGCCAAGGUCGAAGAUCCCAUCGACCCUCAGACAGCCGAUAGCGAUGAGCAGCUUGAGCGUGACGACAACGAGGCUAUUGACAAGAGCAACAUCAUUGACGAGCGCACUCGUUCUGCCAAGCCCCAAGGAACCUAUCGCGAGCCUGGCGACACUGAGGGACUUGAGCGCGAGCAAUUAGAGUAG